AUGGGAGUCUCCGAGGGCAACGACGGGUCGGUGACCGAGUCGGUCAAGAUAGAGAGACUGAUUGAGGCGUCCGACUGGUUUGUAUCGCAGGCUCAUUUGAAGGGAUCAAGCUCACUGGAGUCUGAAGACCAUGUUAUGGAUUACAAUAAUCACAUUCGGGCUGGUCUGAAUUCCUUAUUCAACGUUCUUGAGCAGUACAAGUCGUCAUUAUCUGUUGAGCAGGAAGUCAUGGUUCAUUACAAGAUAGCCAGCAUAUUACUAAGAGAGACCACGAGCUACGAUAUCGCGUCAACGUACUGCGGUAGAGGACUCCAGCUGGCAGAUCGCAACAAUAUGGCCCAUUACAAGCUCAUGUUGGACAUUUUGAGCUUUGAAAUCAACUACCUAACUGAUAAAUCGGGCAACAAAAAGGCCUGUCUUAAUUACUUUUUGUCAAUUGAACAGACUUACGACACAAAGAACAACGUUGAGCUUUACUGUUUUUUCCAGUACGUCAAGAUCCAGUAUUUCGGUAUGACGUUUGAUGGUGCGCAGGUUUCGGAGAACUUUAAUCGAAUGAUCGAAAUGCUGGAACCCAAGUUGGAUUCUGCCAAUUUCGCUCUGUACCAGCUGAUUUUGAUCUGCGACAUCCAAAACCGUUUACUAAAAGGCUCUCCUAUUGAAGAGACGUUCAAAAGACAUAACAAGCUUAAACAGUCUCAGAAACAGCAUCCCGACUUCAAUUCUCUGCCGUCGCAGUUUGCAGCUAUGACACAUAUCUUGGAUCUUCUGCUUUCGAUCCAAAACGACGACUUUUCCGACGCCAAGUCCAAGAUGGGCUCGAUCGACCUGCUCAUCCGCGAGUUCAAGUCUCUGGACAAAUGGGCGCGCGAGUUCGUGUUCAAGAUUACAGUGCCUAUGCAGCUGGGGAGCUCUUCGAUCGACCUCCCCUUACAGAUCAACUGGCUCACGCUGCGCGAGUUCAGCAUGCUGGCGUACUUUUACUGCGGAAUCUCGUACGUUAUCAAGUCCUGGGACGGCAAAAACCGGUCAGAAAUGAUGUUUGCCCAGUGCCACAAGUACGUCAAGCUCGAACGGAAAGAACAGCUGCGUAUCUCCAGCGUCGACAUGGAGGCCAGACUACUGCGACUUAAAUACUUUAGUCUGCUGGUUAGCUUCUACGAAGUUUUGGCCAAGUUCCAUUGCAACCAAUGGAACUCGUUCAACAGAGACGAAUUCCCGCAGCUGUUCGAGUUCAUUGACGAUUACAACUCGGGCCAGUUCUCCUCGCAGGAACUGCUGGUGUACCACAAGAUGGUGGACAAGGUAUAUUUUCUGCUGGCGUUGCAAAGUCAAAGACUCAACAAUCUGGACGACACAUUACAAUACUACCUCAAACUACGCGAGCUACACUCGUCCACCGCCAACGAACUCAACGAUUACAACUUUUUUAACGACAGCAUUCUUGCAUCUUACAAACAGACAAGCACCGGCAUUGGUGGCUGUUUGCAGACAGCCAAAGACUUCCAUAACCAGCUCUAUUACCUGGCUACCCUUAAUCUGGCCAUUUUGACCAUCCAUUAUCUGCGAGAGCUGAAGAAGCGCGACGUUUCUGAGUUCGACGACGACUACCAGGAGCAGAUGGACAAGUACUCGUGGUUUCUCCGACUGCGGAACGUUCUACACGACGAGAUGGCCCAGAUGCGGCCGUUGUACGAGUCCAACGUGCUACUCAAGUCAACUUUGGACAUAAUGCUGGACUUUAUUAUGGCCGACAACGUUCAUGAGAUAGAGUUCGACCUGGACCAGCUCUCCAGACUCAGCCAGAUCUCGCCAUUGCUGCUGUCGAUGGUUUAUUUUGUGAGAGCACAUUCGUUCAAGAGUGACAAAAAGAAGACAGAGCCCGAAAAUCUUGACAUGAAGGUCCAGUUGUACAACCAGAGCUUCAAAGCUUCGUGCAAACAAAUGGACUCUGGCCCCAACGGCGUGGGCUACGUCGCAUUGAGCGAGAUCUCUAACAUCAUCGACAAAAACGUGAGCCAUUUCGGCAAGGAGCAGCAGAAUAGCGCGGAAACAAAGCUCAAGGACCUGCGCCACGGGUUUGAGUCACGUAAGCGCAAACAUCCUGACGAAAACAGCCGGCCGUCCAGCUCAAAGGACGAGCCACUGUUUAGUUCCCAAAAGAAAUAA